CUGGCAAACCCCAAGAUGUGGGAGCUCCGUUCAGUAGCCUUUACCCGGGCUGUCUUUGCUGAGUUUCUGGCCACGCUGCUCUUCAUCUUCUUUGGCCUGGGCUCUGCCCUCAACUGGCCUUCCGCCCCCCCAGACAUCCUGCAGAUCUCGCUGGCUUUCGGCUUGGCCAUCGCCACUCUGGUCCAGGCCCUGGGGCACGUCAGCGGGGCACACAUCAACCCAGCUGUGACAGUGGCUUGCCUGGUGGGCUCCCACAUCUCCUUCCUCAGAGCUGUCUUCUACGUGGUGGCGCAGCUUCUGGGGGCAGUCGCCGGGGCAGCUCUCCUGCAUGAGCUCACCCCGUCAAACAUCCGGGGACACUUGGCCAUCAACAGGCUGCACAACGACACGACUCCAGGCCAGGCCGUCACCGUCGAGCUUUUCCUCACCUUCCAGCUGGUGCUGUGCAUUUUUGCUUCCACCGAUGACCAGAGGAGCGAUAACGUCGGCUCGCCGGCCUUGUCCAUCGGCCUUUCUGUAGCCGCAGGUCACUUGCUGGGGAUCCACUACACCGGCUGCUCCAUGAACCCCGCCAGAUCUUUUGCCCCAGCUGUGAUAGUAGGAGACUUCAGCGCCCAUUGGGUCUUCUGGCUGGGGCCGUUGGCUGGCGCAGUGGUGGCCUCGCUGAUCUACAAUUAUAUUCUCUUCCCACACACUAAGACCCUAUCAGAGAGACUUGCCAUCUUCAAAGGCUUCGAGCCUGAGGAGGACUGGGAAGAGCGCGAUGUUCGCCGGAGGCAGUCGAUGGAGCUGCACUCCCCGCAGACUCUGCCAAGGGGCAUGACGGAGAAAGUCUAG